CGAACUUUCCAUAACAUUUCGGGCGGUACCUGGUAGCCAAAACUUGAGGCAGCCGGAGCUGGGGUUUAAAACAAUGAGUCAGACCUAGGGUUUUAGAGGACUGUGCUUUGAAUUCGAAUCCGAGAGAAAACAAUGGGUUUUUGGGGAAUUGAAGUGAAACCAGGCAAACCGCACCCUUACCACUCUGAUAAUGUGGAAGGAAGACUUUAUGUAACUCAGGCAACUCUAGGCCUUGGUUCAUCAAGAGAGACGACCAUCCUUCAGUGUUCUGUUGGGCAUAAAAGUCCAAUUUUCUUGUGUUCCUUGUUACCAGAUAGAAUUGAAUCUUGCUCCUUGAAUCUCGAAUUCAAGGAUGAAUUGGUAGCCUUCUCGGUGAUUGGCCCACGAAGCAUCCAUCUAUCUGGUUACUUUGUGUCUGAUGAAGGCGAUCAUCUCCGAGAUGAAUACGAGUCGUAUCCUUUUGACUUUUGCAGCUUUGAUGAUUCUGGAGAAGACAUUGCUGAGACAGAGAGUGAAGAUUCAAGUGAAUUUGAUUAUGGUGAUGAUGAUGAUGAUGACUUCAUUGAUGAUGAUGAGGAUAUUGAAAUGUUUGCACCUUCACCUGUCCCCAAUAGUGGAGUUGUAAUUGAGGAAAUAGUGGAUGAUGACAAACCUACAAAUGGAAAUGGUCAGCCUAAACGAUCAAAGAAGAAGAAUAAUAAGUCGAACGACCAUGAGGACCAAAAUAACUCCCAACAGCAAAUUGUUAUCAGGGGGGCUACUGAUGCAUCAGUUUUGGAAAGUGAAGAUGAAGAUGGCUUUCCAGUUACUGCCUCACAAAAAAGCGAAGAUGUUGUUCAGGAUCUCCAAGCAGAAGUAGCUGUACAGAAAGAAAAGAGAGGUAAAGAAAUCAAGAAGAAAGCAAGAGAUGGCAAUGAUGAUGCUGCAGGCAAAAAGAGAAAAGUUAAAAGUACUGAACAAUAUGGUCAACCAAUAAGGAAAAAGAAGAAGGAGAAGCAGAAAGAAAAAGGUAAAGAGGUAGACGCUGAUGAAAUAGAUGACAAUGAGAAAAAUGAUCUUUCUAAAGAUGGAAUCCAUCAUGAGGAGGUGAAGCAGCAGGUUUCUCCUGAUGGAAAUGAGCAUCAUCAGAGGGUCCUUAACUCUGAUGCAGACAGUGUGCAUGGUGAAGAUGCCUCGGACAAGAAAAAGAGGAAGAAAAAGAAGAAGAACAAGAAGAAGAACCAGGAUAGCGGGAAGGACAUGCAUAAGGAUCAAGCUGUUUCAGCUGUGGGAGAUGAGGCCAAAUCCUCUCUGGGGUCUCAAGAUAAGCAAUCUUCAGGCAAAUCUUCACAGGUUAGAACCUUUGCCAAUGGUUUGGUUAUUGAGGAGCUAGCAAUGGGCAAACCCGAUGGUAAAAGAGCUUCUCCUGGAUGUCAGGUCAGUGUGCACUACAUUGGCAAGCUACAGAAGAAUGGCAAAAUAUUUGAUUCUAAUGUGGGGAGGGCACCGUUCAAAUUUCGCCUAGGUGUAGGCCAAGUUAUAAAGGGAUGGGAUGUUGGAGUUAAUGGUAUGAGAAUUGGGGAUAAGAGAAGACUCACAAUUCCACCAUCAAUGGGUUAUGGAGAUAGAGGAGCUGGUGGAAAGAUCCCACCAAAUUCGUGGCUUGUGUUUGAUGUUGAGUUGGUGAACGUUCGAUGAUCAGCAUCGUGCCUUUCUUUCAGUUUUGAAUCGGCAGCUUAAAUGGAUUUUGAAAACUUGGUAUUCUAAAGACAAGUUCGUUUUAUUACAGUACUAGUUCAUCCCCAUCAUGCAUGUGAAAUCAGUGUUGUUAGAUGGGGGUGUGCAGAAAUUUUGAUAGAAACUAGCUGAAUCUGGCUUUGCAUGGGUCAUGUUUCUUUGAAGUUGGACUCAUGCUGUGCGUGUGAAUUUUGGCGAACUUUGUUAAGGGGAGGAAGAAUUAUGCAUUGAGGUAUUUAAAGCAUCAAACCUCUAAUGAACUUGAGGUGCAACAUGAUUGAAACAGUUUGGUUUAAAUUGCGAGGGACCAUUCCCUUUUCCACAUGUUAAUGGAUUUGAUAUGUAUUGACGUUCUGUUCC